CUUACUUUCGACAAAAGCGUGUCUGGCUAUUACGCCCUUUCUAUGAUCUCCAAAAAUUCACGUCUUCUUCUCUUCGUAUAGACUGCCCAACCUAGGGCACGGACACUGCAAUCUCCCUCCAUCUUACCCAUCAAUUCUACAAUGGUAUUCCAGCCAUACACACAGGUAUUCCCACAACAUCUUUGGCUUGUGUGAAAUCUCUGUAUCUUUUAUUUAUAUGCACGAAUUGAGUCUGUUCACUGCACAACCUAAACCCUAACAAAAUUUCGUUUGUUUUCUGUUUUGACCUCUCCCUCUUCUACUCCUCCACUAUACUAUUUCUUGAUCUAUAAACAAAUGGCGCAUAAAACGGCAGUGCUACUUCUGGUCCCAAAUGCUAGUGCUUUGUGUGACUUGUCCAAAAUACUUGUUAAACCUCAGAUUGCAUUCUUUAUCAAAUCUUUCUCAUCAAAGAGUCAAAACCUAGAUAACAAAUCUUUCAUAGUUUCUUAUCUCAUUUCCUCAUGUGGGUUGUCACCUGAAACUGCUCUAAGUGUAUCCCGAAAGGUGAAGUUUCAAUCUGCAGACCAACCAGAUUCUGUCCUCACCCUUCUCAGAAACCACGGCUUCACCGAUUCCCAUAUCUCCAAACUUGUUAGAACACGCCCGGAUGUGCUUGUAUCUGAUCCCAUUCGCACCCUUUUGCCCAAGCUUGAAUUUUUUCAGUCUUUGGGGUUUCCAACUGCUGACCUUACCAAUAUCCUUUGUUCAAACCCAGCUCUUUUGAUGCGUAGCCUAAACAACCAACUUAUUCCUCUUUGCAAUUAUCUAAAGAGUGUUAUUCUUCUCGAUGAUAAGCAAGUAAGAAGAGCUUUGAAGUCCUCAUCGAGGUUAUUCGGUACGGGUUUAGAAACGGAUAUUGUUCCCAAAAUUGCAACUUUAAGAAAACUUGAAGUUUCUGGGUCUAAUUUGGUCAUUAUAUUGAUGAGCUAUCCGCAUGUGCUCAUUGGAAAUCGCAACCGGUUUGACGAUAUUGCGAAGGAGGUUGUAAAACUGGGAAUCAAUCCUUUGAAAACAACAUUUGUUUAUGUCCUACAAAUGAUGCUUAGAACUUGUAAAUCAACAUGGGAGCGUAAAAUUGAAGUUUUUAGGAAUUGUGGAUGGUCUAAAGAUGACUUUCAACUGGCAUUCAAAAAGAGCCCUCAAUGCAUGGGUACAUCUGAGGAGAAAAUAAUAAGCGCUAUGGAUUUCUUUGUGAAUGAUAUGGGUUGGGAGCCAGCUGCAAUUGCCAAUGUUCCGUCGGUUUUGAAUUAUAAUCUGAAAAAGAGGACCAUCCCAAGGUUUUUGGUUGUCAGAGUUUUGAUGUUGAAAGGCUUGAUAGGAAAAAGUGUGUUCUUCUCCAUUGUUUUAACAAUGGACGACAAAUUCUUCUUGGAUAAGUUUGUCACCAAGUAUGUGAGAGAUGUUCCCCAGUUGAUGGAUGUUUUCAAUGGAGAAGUGGGUCUUGCUGAACUGGGCCUUGAAUCUAAGAAGGAAUCAGGAGGAAACAGUUGUAGCAUCUCAGCUUCACACAUCUGAGCAAUUUCAUCAGUCUAUUUGAUAAUUGAAUCCUGGAUUCGCUUCAACUAGCUACCUUUCAGUUCAGGCUGUAGUGUUAUAGUCCUUCGCAGCAGAGGAAGACAUAACAGUUCUUUGGUAUUGAUUUUGGGGAAGGAGUGGAAUGAGCAGUCAUUCACCAUAUUAUGGCACGAUUGAUGACGUUAAUUAUGUUGUUUAACGAACAAGAAGAUAGAUCGAGUAUCUCAAAGGUAUGCUUAUUCCAUUCUAUCUUCAUUCUUGUGAACUAAUAGCUACCUUAGAUAUUGACAUCAAAAUGGUGCAUUUUUUAUUGGAAAACAAUUAUAGUCUUCUUUAUAUCCAGAUGACUUAAACUCUUUUUUUCUCUAUAGUGCUUCAACUGUUUUGUCAGUAAUUCAAACAUCCACCAAAACCCUAAUUCAAUCCUUCAAAUCUCUCUUUACCCACUAGUGUAUGUCUUUGUAAAAUUCGCGCAAAAGAUUAUCACUAGUAUUGUUCACAAGUGCGAUGACUUUAUGCGACUCGCCCAAUUUACUCCCUACAUCUCAGAUUGCAUUCUUUACGAAAUCCUUCUCAUUGGAGACACUCACAAGAGACGGACAAUCUUUCAACAGUUUCAUAUCUCAUUUCCUCAUGUGGGUUAUCCCCUGAAACUGGUUAUCUUCUCAGUGCAUCCCGAAAGGUCAAUUUUUGAUCAGCAGAGCAACCAUAUUCGGUCCUCCCCCUUUUCAGAAAUCAUGGCUUCACCGAUACCCAUGUCCCCAAACUCAUCAGGGCACGCCCAGAUUUACUUUUAGCUGAUCCUAAACACACUCUUCUGCCCAAACUAGAAAUUUUCGAGUCCAUGGGCAUAUUCCCACUGCUGACCUCGCGAAGAUCCUUUCUUCACACCCAACUCUCUUCAGAUGUAGCCUAAGCAACAAGCUUGUCCGGUUGUCCCUGUUUACAAUUAUCUGAAUAAUAUGUUUCUUCUAGAUUUUAAGCAAGUGGGAAGAUCUUUGAAGUACUCGCCACGUUUGUUCGCUACAAGUUUAGAAAAGAAACUUGUUCCCGAAAUUGCAACUUGGGGAGAACCCAAUGUUCCCGCUUCCACAUUGUCAUGUCUUGUUGACUCAUAAUCAGUCUGUGCUACAAUGGAAUUCCAAGAAGUUUGAUAUGAUUGUGAAAGAGGUUUUAUAAAUGGGAGUUAAUCCUUUGAAAAGACGUUUGUACAGGUCUUAGGCAUGAUGUUUGGACUUAAUAAAUCAUCCUAGGAGCAUAAAAUGGAAGUUUCCACGAAGUGUGGUUGGUCUGAAGAUGACUUUCAACUAGCAUUCAAUAAAGUCCCUCUUUUUAUGUGGCUUUCUGAGAAGAAAAUAACAGGCACGAUGGACUUCAUUGUGCACAAGAUGGGUAGGAAGCCAGCUGCAUUUGGAAGAGCUCGAAAAGUUCUCCUUUAUAGUGUGGAAGAAAGCGACUGUCCCAAGGUGUUUGGUUAUGAAAGUUCUUAUAUCAAAAGGCUUAAUUCAAAAGUUUGGAGUCGUUCCACUGUUACAGGAGCGGAAAUGCUUCUCAGAUAGGUUUGUCACCAAGUAUGAGGAAGAUAUUCCCCAGUUGUUGCAUGUUUUCAAUGGAAAAGGGAGACUUGCUGAGCUGGGGCUUUGAAUCUGAGGAACAUGUGGCAUAACAACUUCAUGUGUCGGACAACUAUCGAUUCGUAUAGGUCCAUUUGAUACUUUAGGUUCUUCCACCGUAUGAACUUCAUGUGUCAAAGCAAUUUUUAGUGCAAUCCUCUGAUUUCUUCAGCUGGCUACCAUUAGUUGUUCAAGCUGUACUGUUGUGAAGAGAAAGUAACAACAUCCUAUGAUAUUGAAGGCUCGUGCUUGUUUGUCGGAAGGUCUCUAACAAGCUCAAACUGGUUGUUUAAGUGUGUUGGCAGAAUUUUUCAGAUUUCUUAGCGUAAUGUGGUCAUAUUCGUGUGUCAAAGUGAGGGCUCGAGAGAUUCUCUGACUCAGUUCAAAAAAAAAAGGAAAAGAAAAGAGAAGAGAUUCUUGACUUUUACUGCCUACAACCUGCAAAACUGGUCUUCACCAAAUUAUUGCCAUCAGAAGCACGAAUUUUCACCUUGAUGGAUGAAUUAGCGAAGUUGGCAAUUGUUCCGCAGUGGCUACUUCUCUUAAGAGCUUUUGGGGUUAGUUUCGUGCCAAACUUUUAUGAAUUUCUUUUUUGGUACAAAACUUUUGUGAAUUAUUGAUUCGCCUUGAAGAGAGCAAUCGAAAAAAUGAAAAAAAAAAAAUUGAUUGUCAAUUAUGAGAUAAAAAAAUUCUAUAGGUUUGCAUAUUUUUUCGUCUUUAGUCUAUUUUUUAAAUAUUUUAACAAAUUCUUUUAUUUUCUAAAUAGGGGUACACUAUAUACCUCCGAAAAAUGAAAUAAAUAAAUAAAUAAUCUGAUAAAAAAAUUACCAAAAACGGAAAAAACACGGAUGAUGAAACAAUCAAAAAUUUUGGAGAGAAUAUUUUUGAGAGGAGAACCCAUAAAGUGUUUACUUUUACCCUAAUAUUUACUGAAAAUAUACUAUAAGAUAAAGCCUUUCCAUUUCGUUCAGAUAAAACCAAAUAAUAAUUCAUAAAAAUUUGAUGUAAAACUAAAAAAAAUUUAAAAACGCGAAAAAAAAAAAAAUGAAUUGGGUGAAAACAAAAAAAGCACAAAAGCCGGUAAACUUUUUUAGAGGAACAAGGCAUAAAGAAUAGGGUCAAUUGAAGUUGUGGGUUUAGGCUGUUGAUGAGCGAUUGUGGCUGGCUGGCUGGCUGGGGAUUCAACGAUAUCUGCAAUCCUUUGUUGGGCUUUUCUACUGCUACGCAUCUAGGUAUAAGCUUCGUUCAACCUUUUUCCUCUUUUUAGUGCCUCAACUGUUUUUCUCAGUAAUUCAAUCGAACACCCACCAAAACCCUAAUGUCGUGCAGAAGACUAUCACUAGUUUUGCUCACAAAUGGAAGGGCUUUAUGCAACUUGCCCGAUUCACUCCCUGUAUCUCAGAUUACAUUCUUUGCGAAAUCCUUCUCAUGGAAGACACUUACAACAGAUGCACAAUCUUUCACUGUUUCAUAUCUCAUUUCCUCAUGUGGGUUAUCCCCUGGAACUGCUCUCAAUGCAUCCCGAAAGGUGAAAUUUCGAUCCGCAGAGCAGCCGGAUUCGGUCCUCACUCUCCUGAGAAAUCAUGGCUUCAUUGAUAGCCAUAUUUACAAACUCUCAAAGUCGCGCCCUGACUUGCUUUUGGCCGAUCCCAAAAACACCCUUUUGCCCAAACUUGAAUUUUUCCAGUCCAUAGGGAUUCAAACAGCUGACCUUGGUAAUAUCUUCUCUUCAUACCCAACUCUCUUGAAAAGUAGCCUAAGAAACCAGAUUAUCCCUGUUUACAAUUAUCUGAAGAGUGUAAUCUUUCUAGAUGAUAAGCAAGUAAGACAAAUUUUGAAGGCCAUGCCACGGUUUUUUUCUGUAAAUUUAGGAAACAAAAUUGUUCCCAAAGUUUCAGCUUUGAGAGAACUAGGUGCUCCUGCUUCCAAAAUGUCAAUGUUGGUGACUUAUCAUCCUGGUGUGCUACUUCAAAGUUGCAAGAAGUUUGAUGAGGCUGUGAAGGACGUUGUAGAAAUGGGAUUCCAUCCAACGGAAACAAAGUUUGUCCUUGUACUGAAAAUGAUGUUGGGAUUUAGUAAAUCAACUCUGGAGCGUAAAAGGGAAGUUUUUAGGAAGUACGGUUGGUCCGAGAAUGAUCUUCGAGAAGCAUUCCGAAAGGAACCAGUUUUCAUGGGUCUAUCUGAGGAGAAAAUAAUGAGCUCGAUGGAUUUCCUUGUCAACGAGAUGGGUUGGAAGCCAGCUGCAAUUGCCAAAGUUCCAAGAGUUCUCUCUUGUAGUGUGAAAACGAGGACUAUUCCAAGGUGUUUAGUUAUCAAAGUUCUUAUAUCGAAAGGCUUAAUGAAGAAAGAUGUGAGCCUCGCCACUUUUUUAAUUGGAGAUGACAAGUACUUCCUUGAUAAGUUUGUCACCAAGUAUGAGGAAGAUGUUCCUGAGUUGUUGGAUGUUUUCAGUGGAAAAAUGAGCCUUGCUGAACUAGGUUGCGAAUCUGAGGAAAAGUGUGCGAGGAAACUAUCUUAGCAUUGCAACUUCACGUGUUGAAGCCAUUUGUAUACGUCCAUCUGAUACUUUUGGCUCUUCGAGCAUAUGACCUUCCCUUGACAUGAGCAAAUUCUUAAUGCGAUCCGUAGAUUGCUCAAGCUGGCUACCAUCAGGUUCUGAGGUUAUACUCAUCAAAGAAACUGGUAUCAUUCUAAGAUAUUUGAGAGCUCAUGAGCUUCUUUGUUGGAAGGUCUCUACUCUCUAACAAAUCCAACAGGGUUGUUUUGAGAGUGUUUUUGGACUCUUUUGAAUAUGUUGAGUUAAAUUCUAGUAUUAUAUUUCCUGUCAAUUGCUGGAUGAUGCCUCGUUGAUAGGUUGAAAGUA